AUGGCAAAAGGUCAGUGGAGCGAUCCUCAAAUGAACGCUCAAACCGUAUCGCGUGUCAUUUCUGUGACGGUGAAGAUUUCAGGCGCUUAUCCAUCAUCUCUGACAAUUACCAAGCCUUAUUCUGGCAGGACGUCUUCUUCUCUUUAUUCACUCUCUCUCUCUCUCUCUCUCUCUCUCUCUCUCUCUCUCUCUCUCUCUCCCCAUCCGUUUCUCUCUCUCUUCUCCCUUCCUCUCUAUCUCCUUUCUCUCCCCUCCAACUCUCUCUCUCUCUCCCCCAUCCGUUUCUCUCUCUUCCCCCUUCCACUCUCUAUCUCCUUUCUCUCCCCACCUCCAACUCUCUCUCUCUCUCUCUCUCUCUCUCUCUCUCUCUCUCUCUCUCUCUUUUUAUUUUUUCGGGAAAUUUGGUGUCUUGUAAAGCUGGGUGGGUCAUUACCGAAACGUGUCGUCUUUAAUUACUGCUGA